UCGAUCGAAUAUUUCAUGACAAAAUUGUCGUAAAUAAUUUUUUUCUAAUUUUUGUUAUUUUAUGUCUAUGACAAUUAUCGAUGAUGAUUCAUACUCCAUGAUAAAACACACAUAAGAAACAAUUCUCAAACGAAGUCGUCCAAUCAGCCGCCUUCUCCUUUCAAACGUCAAUUCCCUCGGUCAAACUUUUUUUUGCCAACUAUCGAGACCAUUCCCUAAGGCCAUCCUAUUACAGACAUAGCCCGCAGCGUCAUCGAACGGCAGCAAUUAAGAAUUUAAAAAAUAAAGAUCAACCAGACCAAUCUACAUACAUCAGAGUCUCUGUUGGUUUCACCCGUGCAAUUUAAAUAAUCGCCGUCCACGCUCCUGUCUUUUUUAUCAUAUAUCUAGAAAGUCGUUCUAAACGCUUCGUUAUUGAACUGUUUGCACCCACAUGCGAGCGAAGGGAUGUGCUCAUUCUAGUCAUAAUAAAAUACAAAUUAAUUGUCAGUAAACGCAUAGCAUACAAGCAUAUAAGAUUAACUUAUUGAAUUAACGGCAGAUUUGCUAUGAUCGCUAGAUUAUUGGACACAAUAAUAAGAGGGUAAACCAGAUAAUUGGCAAUUUAAUGACUGAGUAAUUUUGUUGAUCGUUGAAUUUAUGUACAGCUGUAGAUCAAGGUGACUUAUUGACAGUGGUGUUCUGUGAAGCAUACCGAUUGACCGUGGCAGUAGUUCGACCAUGACGAACCAUUCUACAGGAGUAUCAGAGAACUGCGAAUGUGUAACGCGAUCGUAAAUUAGGUUCAGUGCGAAACGCGCUCUCGAACUCGAAGGAUCCUUCGAGCUUCCUUUGAUCCCCCACCUCGGACGUCAACCGGACGAAAGACGGAAAGAGAGAGGCUUUCCUUGGCUACGAACAACGCAACAUCUCGUAGACGCUGUUUUGUCGUCGCUGCUGCUGACUCUAACGCGGGAAACAUCUCCAUCGGCUCCUUCCCCGAAGAGUCCCCUCGAUGAGCGACGAUCUUGGGGCUCGAGCGUCGAUCGUUUGGAUUACAGUCGCGGACCGGAUCUAACGGAUCUCGGACGACACUGAACGCAACAGAGGACUGGAAAGUCAACGGGAUGAUCAACAGGACGUGCUUGGCGGUCCUCAUUGGGCUGCUGGGUCUUGCUUGUGGCUUGCAAUGCCCGAAGCAAAAGCUAUCACCAGGCAGAGAAGUAGUAUGCUACACUUUCGUUUCCGACGUCGAUCAGCUAACAGAGGCUGUGUGCAAAUGCACCUCUUUGGUACAACAAGGCUACGACGUGCGAAAUCUCUCGGUUUCCGGAUUCGAAGAUUUUCAGAAGUCGUUGAAGAAGAUUAUUCCAACGCUUCAGUUCGUGGUUUCCGUGGACGACCCUGGAAAAACACUAAGCACUUCCGGCACAGUUCGUCAAGAGAUCACCGCUCGUUUGAUCGGAGUUUUGAAAGAGGUUGAUGGAGUCGAGUUAAAUAUGACUGCAGGAUCAAAGGAACGUUUGGUUCACUUUGUAAAGGGUUUGAAAGACGAAUUGGUGAGAAAAUCAUACGAUAAGAGAAUAUUCCUGGUUCUACCCACAAAAUCAGAGGAACUGGCUAAACAAUUCGAUCUGAAAGAACUGACCAAAUACGUGGAUCUGUUUACGGUCCCGACGCACUACUUGGUCGAAGAUGACGAGGCCAAUCACACUUUUCAUCCGUCAAGAUUGAUAGGUCUCUUCGACAUGUUUAACGCCGACAGUUUGAUCGACUUAAUCAGCGGUUUGGGCGCGCCUAAGAGAAAAAUUCUGGUAUCAGUACCAGCCUCUGCGUACAAGUUUACGCUAAAGGAUCAGAACGAUAAUGCCCCAAGGGCGUCAACUGAGGAGAUGCAACCUGUUACCAUUGAUCAGAAGCAGUUGUGCGAUUUGAUGAACAACGGAGAAUGGACGGUGGAAAGGGACGAAGAUCUUACUGCUCCUUACGCUUUCAAAGAUAAAAUGUGGAUUGCUUUCGAAGAUAGAAUAUCUCUAUCUAUAAAAGGAAAAUAUGUACUGCUUCGAGAUCUUCCUGGAUUGGCUGUGCAUAACGUAGAGAAUGACUUUAAAACUAAUUGCGGGAUGCCUCUUGCACACGAGGUUCAUCGAUCGUUCUCGAAUUUCAAGAGGAAGUCGAGAGCCGCUGUUUUGAACGCUUUGGAAGAUGAUCUACACCAAAAAGAGCUUGAGUACUCGACUAAAGUUAAGUCAUCCGAUUUUCGAGUUGUUCGCGUAGUAGACACCGAAGGACACAUCAGAGUUGUUCGAGAAAACACGCAAACCGAAUUUACUUGCUCUAGACAAGGAUACUUCGUCCAUCCUAAAAGUUGUAACAGAUUUUAUCGAUGUGUUAAAUUCAACCAAGAAGUGGAAGAUUACUCCGUAUUCGAAUUCGACUGUCCAGCAGGUUUAUCAUUCGACGAGCGUACAGAAGUUUGUGUUUGGCCAGGCUCCAUGCCUGAGGGAUCGCCAUGUCCUGGAAGUAGCGAAAUUGCGCCAGUAACUCGAAUAAGGUUCGAAUGUCCUUCCAAAUCUGGCUACUAUGCAGAUCCCCAAAAUCCCCGUUGGUUCUUCGCCUGCAUCGACCUAGGAGGUCCUGAAAUAAUGGCUUACGAAUUUCGUUGCCCGUUCGGCCUGAUCUUUGACGAGCAAAAAUUAAUUUGCGAGUGGCCUUGGUUGGUAGCAGGCUACUCUGGUACCGGUUAUACAAGAUCAGAAUAUGACGGAGGGUAUUAUGGCACUGGAACUACUGCAGGUACUGGUGGAUACUAUACAGGAGCAUUACCUCAUGGUUACACGGGAACAUCAGGAGGAGGAGGGUAUACUGUUUCUACUGGGUCAGGAUUUUCUGGGGCAGCUGGCGUUGGUCAUGGAUCGUCGUUUGGACAAGGAACAAAAUAUACUGGAAGUGGGAAAGAAAAGGGAUACAGUGGAAGUGGACAAGGAGCAGGAUACACUGGAUCAGGUGUAGCUGGUCAUGGAACUUCAUAUGAUGGUCAAGGAGCUGGUGGUUACUCUGGAACAACUGGAAGUGGAUAUUCCGGAGCAACAGGAGCUGGUCAUGGAACCAUAUAUAGUGGUCAAGGUUCUGGUGGUUACUCUGGAACAACUGGAAGUGGAUAUUCCGGAGCAGCAGGAGCUGGUCAUGGAACCACAUAUAGUGGUCAAGGUUCUGGUGGUUACUCUGGAACAACUGGACGUGAAUAUUCUGGAGCAGCAGGAAUUGGUCAUGGAAUAUCAUCUACUAGUCAAGAAGCUGAUGGUUACUCCGGGGCGGGAGUAGCUGGUCAUGGAACCACAUAUAUUGGUCAGGGUUCUGGUGGUUACUCUGGAACCACUGGAAGUGGAUAUUCCGGAGCAGCAGGAGCUGGUCAUGGAACCACAUAUAGUGGUCAAGGUUCUGGUGGUUACUCUGGAACAACUGGACGUGAAUAUUCUGGAGCAGCAGGAAUUGGUCAUGGAAUAUCAUCUACUAGUCAAGAAGCUGAUGGUUACUCCGGGGCGGGAGUAGCUGGUCAUGGAACCACAUAUAGUGGUCAAGGUUCUGGUGGUUACUCUGGAACCACUGGAAGUGGAUACUCUAGAACAGGAGGUGCUGGUUAUGGCACUAAAUAUACUGGUCAAGGAUUUGGUGGACAUUCUGGAACAACUGUAAGCGGAUAUUCUGGAACUGUAGGAGUUGGUCAUGGGUCUACAUAUAGCGGUCAAGGGUCUGGUAGACAUUCUGGAACAACUGGAGGCGAAUACGCUGGAGCAGCAGAAGCUGACCAUGGAACUCCAUAUACUGGACAAGGAUUUACGGGAACAACUGGAAGUGGGUACUCCAGCGCAGGAGCAACUAUAACAUCUGGUCAUGGAUAUUCCGGAACUGGCACGAGCUAUACUGGAUCGACUGGUAAGGCAGGUUAUGGAGGAUCAACUGGCACAGGAUAUUCAAGAGGAACUGGUACGGGUCAAGUAUCUACUGGCACUGGAUUUACUGGUGCAGGAAUCAUUGAACAAACAGAAAAAAGUGGAACAACUGGUACGGGCUAUACUGGAUCUACGUAUUCUGCUGCUGGAUCUACUGAUGGAGGAUAUUCAGGAACAAAGAAAGGAUCUAUUAGUGGAGGGUAUCCAGGAACAAAGAGUGGGUCUAAUGGUGGAGGAUAUUCAGGCGCAACUGGAGGAACUACUGGAGGUUAUGCAGGGCCAGGCGGUAUUCAUGGUGGAUCUACUGGCGGAGGAUUCGCGGGAUCUACUGCUGGCGGAUAUACAGGAGCAGGAACAACUGGUGCUCAUGCGGGAUCUACUGGAGGAUAUGCAGGGCCAGGUGGUAUUCAUGGCGGAUCUACUGGCGGAGGAUACGCGGGAUCUACUGCUGGCGGAUAUACAGGAGCAGGAACAACUGGUGCUCAUGCGGGAUCUACUGGAGGAUAUGCAGGGCCAGGUGGUAUUCAUGGCGGAUCUACUGGCGGAGGAUACGCGGGAUCUACUGCUGGCGGAUAUACAGGAGCAGGAACAACUGGUGCUCAUGCGGGAUCUACUGGAGGAUAUGCAGGGCCAGGUGGUAUUCAUGGCGGAUCUACUGGCGGAGGAUACGCGGGAUCUACUGCUGGCGGAUAUACAGGAGCAGGAACAACUGGUGCUCAUGCGGGAUCUACUGGAGGAUAUGCAGGGCCAGGUGGUAUUCAUGGCGGAUCUACUGGCGGAGGAUACGCGGGAUCUACUGCUGGCGGAUAUACAGGAGCAGGAACAACUGGUGCUCAUGCGGGAUCUACUGGAGGAUAUGCAGGGCCAGGUGGUAUUCAUGGCGGAUCUACUGGCGGAGGAUACGCGGGAUCUACUGCUGGCGGAUAUACAGGAGCAGGAACAACUGGUGCUCAUGCGGGAUCUACUGGAGGAUAUGCAGGGCCAGGUGGUAUUCAUGGCGGAUCUACUGGCGGAGGAUACGCGGGAUCUACUGCUGGCGGAUAUACAGGAGCAGGAACAACUGGUGCUCAUGCGGGAUCUACUGGAGGAUAUGCAGGGCCAGGUGGUAUUCAUGGCGGAUCUACUGGCGGAGGAUACGCGGGAUCUACUGCUGGCGGAUAUACAGGAGCAGGAACAACUGGUGCUCAUGCGGGAUCCACUGGAGGAUAUACAGGAACCUCAGGAGGUUACGGUGGAACUUCAAUACCUGGUCAAACCAUUACAUUUGGUACUGGACAGUCACGAACACCAAUUUUUGUUUCUUCUGGCACAACUGGAGCUGGAGUAGAUCAUGGUGUAACCAGUAUAUAUUCACAGACUCCUGGGCCUAUUAUCGUGGAGAAACCUGAGAAACCAACCUGUCUCACGAACCUGUGUUAUGGGUCUUCUCAACCAUCAGGUGGUCAGACUCUGGUAACAGACGACUAUGUUUCAAGCCACGGAGCUAUUUCUGGAACAAAUGUUUACCAAGGUACAACUGGAUUCCCUGGAAGCUUGAAUGUUACUUUUGGAAGCCACGUACCUUCCAUUGGAGGCGUUACGUAUCAUGGAGGCGUCACACCCGCUGGUGGCUAUACAGUGACAACAGGUACGGGUGCUAUCGUGACAGGACACGGUAUUCAAGGAUCGAUCAUUACUGGAGAUUCCACUCCAGGGACGCUCAUUACCCAUGGAGCUACCCCUGGCGCAAUCUUCACAGGUUCUUCUGACCAAGGCACCAUAAUAAGUGGAGGAAGCCAUCCAGGAUAUACGAAGACUGGUCUAAGUUCACCUGGCUAUGUAAUUAGUGGCGGAGUCAAGACCGUAUUCCCAGGUUCAGUCAGUUCUGGAACGACAGUUUACGGAACACCUUCACCUGGUGUCAUAGUAACUGGAACACCUUCACCUGGUGUCGUAGUAACUGGAACACCCUCACCUGGAACUAUUAUAAAGGGCCAAUCGAGUCCUGGAAUAAUUCUUACAGGACAAACAGCUCCUGGUGUGUCUAUUGGGGGAUCUAUUGUGCCAGGAACAGUCAUUGGUUCAGGUUUUACAACGCAUCCAGGGGCUGUUACCCCAGGAUCUCCAUUUGGAACUAAGAUUGGAACCACGCCAUCGACUUAUGUCACCGGCUACAAAACUAACGAAUACCAUGACAACGGAGGGCGUGGUACCAUUAGAUUUAACAAUGGCGAUGUGACCACCAAAUAUACAGAAAAUGAUAUUCCAGACUAUAGACCAACUGGCGGCAAUAUUUUGCCAGAUACUCUCAUUCCAGGAAGCAAAGGUAUUCCCGGUGUAUCGCUAUCUAGUGGCUUCACUAAGACUGGACCUACCAAGACAGGCUUUACCACUGCUACUUUAGGUGCUGGUGGUAGUUACGUAAUUAGCACUGGAAAAACUAACCCCCCACCUAAUCCCGACCAUAUUGGCGCCAAAGCAUUCGAAGGCAACGUGGCAGGAUAUCCAAAAUCAUCUACCGAAAGCAGUGCCAAGACUUAUUCAGGAACAUUCUCAACUUAUGGUCCAGGCUUCAGUCAGAAACCUUCGAAGGGCACUGGAUAUUCCUAUCCCACACCUAGCAUUCCAUUUGAUACAGGAGUGACGAAGAAUUUGCCUAUUUCUUCGACAGAGAGUGGCAUCUUUAGUGGAACUACUCCAACGCCGUUCUUGAAGGUUGAAGUGCAUAAUACACCAAAAUUCGGUGAGGCCGGAUUCACCAGUUCACCUGCAGUUGUGAAUACGUAUCAGAAACCAAGUGGCUUUACGCGUGCACCAUCUCCAACUGGAACACCUGUCCUUUAUACCACUGGUCCAUUGGAAAAUUACAAGACGACUGUCUUUGAAGCGGCUAAAGUUCCAGUUACCAUCUCUACUAUUCACCCAGUGAUCGAUACCGGAUACCAGACUGUCAUAUCGUCGACGCCAUUGCCUGUAACUAUAAGUCAAGAUAAAUUUAGCAUUCAGACCAAACCUCAGUUUGGUUUUGGAACAAAGACUUCUCAACCUGGUAUAUUCGGAGAUCGAGGUUACGUUUCUAGCACGACACCAACGACUGUACUUAAAAUAUCAUCGAAGUAUCCUUCUGGAGAACCACAGUAUGAUUAUGGACCUACCACUCCAUCAUCUGGUUCUGGAUACUUUACAACUUCGAAGAACGUGUUUGAACAUGUAACACCGUCUGGAAUCUCAGAGUCACCGAAACCACAGACUCAGUACAUACCUGGCGAAUCUAUUUCGCCAGCCAUUGGAGUAACUUACAGAAAGCCAUUCCCAUUACCUGGCGUCACUUAUCAACAAGAAUUCACACCAGCAUCUGCCAAAUCGUACACCACUGCUCCAUCGGGCAUAGGAUCAGGUCCCGGCUACAAAGGAUCGCCUACGAACAUAGCAAUUCCCAGAGAUGAAGUCGGAAAGCUCGUUACCAAUUACAACAGAGGCACCACGAAAUAUGUUCCAAGCCAAUACGACGUUUACACAACAGGAUCCGCAGCAGGAGUCGAUUACUACCAGUCCCAGACGAAGUUCAAACAGGGUUAUGAUUCAUCGACACCAUCCUCGGUUCCUAGAACACAGUCACCUCUCACAGUGACGACUUACUCCGGAGGAUAUUCGAAACCAUCUUCAGGUAUCACGUAUCAGACCACUGCGAAGUCUACAGCCGUAGGUAAACCUAAAGUGAUCGUGAAGUGGAGCGAUCUGCACCCUCUUCUCCUUGGAAAAUUAGGAGCAGAGUGUACCUGCAGAGGAGAUCCUUUCGCUAAUCUCAGAGGUCCUGGCUCCAAGUUGAUCAACUCGUCAAAGGGCAAAGUGGACUUGUCUAAUUAUGACGAGUCGGAGAUUUAUGUAGAUCUUGAGAAGGAAGGAUCCUACGAAGAUCAAGAUUACCAAGUGACCAACUACGAAUCGUCUUCGAAACAACCAGUUAAGAUCUAUAAUGAACUUUCGAAAGCUCUAGGAACUACGAGCAUUCAAGUUCAAGAAAAGCCAUCGUCCACGUACUUACCAAGCGUUACUCCUUCCGUGGGAGUAGGAGGUCGCACUUCGAGCCUUUCAAGUCAUGGAUUAACUGCCAAUUUCAGAUCUGGAAAGAGUCUGAGCAACGUUGGAUCUCCUAUCAACUCGAUUGGAGGUGGUAAAGGUUUAGCUUCCACUGUGGAUCAUUCUGUCAUUGGUCCUAUCGAUGGUUCUGUCAAUAGUCCUACCGACGAUUCUAUCGAUGGUCCAAUCGAUCGUUCUGGAGAGUAUGAGGAUAGUGUAUCAGAAGAAAUCAUCGAUGGAGCUACCAAUUGCGCCAGACCAGGUCUGUUCAGACACCCUAACUUCUGCAACAAGUUCUAUGCCUGCCAUUGGGACGAGUGGAAGAAGAAGUUCACGCUUCACACAUUCAACUGCCCCGUCCAUUUAACCUUUGACAAUGGCGCGGGUGCUUGCAACUGGCCUAGUAUGGGCCCCGCUUGUCAAGACAAUAACUUGUUAGUUUAGAUGGUUCACUGUUGAUGAGGAGGUCUUAUGGAUCUCGCAUACCGCGGACUUCUCGUGACACCUUCCUUUUUGAAAAACUGGAGAUGGAAAUUUGAACGCAGAGAGUUCUUAUUAUAAAAGUUUCUGAAAGAAGAUAAUUCUAUGAAUUUUGUAAAAUUUUUUAUAUAAUCUUAGAUUAAUUUGCUAUGUUUGAAUUUUAUACAAUCGUUAAAUAUUUAUUAAUCUUCUGAUGUAAUUCUAGAUUUCUAUUACGUUUUAUACAACAAUAAUUAUUUUAUAGAGCAUCGUAGAUUGCAAUUAUCAGUGUACACACUUUCAGCAUUAUUUGUAGAAUAUUAGUCACACUAAAGUAAUAACACGAAGUUUAAAAAUAUUAUUUUAAUGGUUGAACGUUCAAGUUAUGUGGCAAAGCAUACAGAGCAUGUGAGGUAACAUUUAAUUAUAACGUAGUAACGGUAUACGCUCAGUUUCUUUUUAAACUGAAAGACGUGAAACGAGCAUAAGAGAAUGCUUUUCCCGAGGUAACGAGAAUGGAGACAAGGAGGAAGAAAGAUCCAAGGCGAUCGAGGUGCCGCGAUGCGAAAGCACACUGUCCAGAGUGAAAGUCAAGCUGCACUCGCCGAUUCGAAUCGCGCGAAAGAAGUCGAUAAUGUGUGCGAUUCCAUGUCCAAGACGAAUUAUUGUAUAUAACGUGCCCUACUCUUCCAAAUUUGUAAAUAACGACGAAUUACCUUUAAAAAGAAGAAGAUAUGGAAAAAGUUUAAAAAGUUACAGAAAAGAAAUUUUGUUUAAAUAAGACGAAAGAAAAAUGUGAAAUUCAAACUAACGAAGCAAAAAAUUGGUUCCAAAAAAAUGACGAAGAGAUAUUUCCAAUCAAUUGAUAUUAUCGUUUCUGUUGAUCGUCGUUGACCUGUUGCUUUGAUCAAAUUUUCUUUCUUUUUUUAUAAUUGUGUCAUUGACGAUUUAUAUUUGUAUAUAUAUAUAUUUUAGAUAUCGAUAACGCGAUUUGCAUAAUUGACGUAUCCCUUGAAUUCCUUCACUUUCUUUUCCGGAUAUUUCGUGCUUCCUGUUUAAUACAGGGAAGUUAAUUUUGAAUAUUCUUUGUGCACUGCUUAAGCUUGCCUUGAUUCUGUGUUCAUCUCGUUCCUAUCUCUAUUUACUAUUUUUCCGCUUCUUCCCGAUGCAAUUAUUAUUUAUUUGUCGCUUGUUACUAUUGUACUAGAAGUUAAGGGUAUAUUACGACAAAAAUCCUUGAGCGAUCAAAGAUCGUUUCUCUGCGUCGAUAAGAAUUUCUUUUUAUCAUCUGUCUUGCACACUUAAAUCGGAGCUUCGAUAAUCGUGCCAUUUUAUCGUGGUUGUCUAAUGUAAUAUUACGAACUUAGAAUAAAUAUGAUAAUUGUACAAAAUA